UCGAAAUGUCGUUGGUAACAGAUCUCCAAAUAGUCCUCCCAACAUCCUACUCUAAAAUAGUCUCAGUCUUGAUGUCAGCAAUAUCUCACCAUCGAUCUUUGUCCCAUAGUAACCGAGAAGGUGGAAGGUUAGGAGAAGAAGACGAAGAAAAAGAACCGAGAGGGGCAGAGGAGAGGGUGGAGAUUGAGAGGUGGGGCGGAGGAAGAUCCUCCUGCCCUGAUCCAGUGUCCUGCACCCAGUGUCCAGGCACCAACCUGCAGGUGCAAGGUGCCGCCUUGGAGCUGCUGAAGACUCGCCCUUGCUGCUGGAGCUAUGGCGCUCACAGGCCAUCUGUCUUCAUUGCUGACGUGGUGCAUGCCACCUAUGUAUCCCCUGCGGCCUCGGCCGCAGGGUCCAAUCACUGCGGCGGCCACAUUUAUGAUGAAUCAGGCAAGGUAGAGGAGGAAGGGGAAGAUGACGAAGAGGGUAGGGAAGAGGAUGAAGAGAAGGAAGAGGAAGAAGACGAAGCAGAAGAAGGGGAGGAAGAAGCAGCAGAGGAGGGGUUAGAUGAUGGGGGCGAUGAUGUAGAAGAAGAUGUCGACGGGGAGGGUGGUGGGGAUGCCGGUGGCGAUGGUCGCGGGGGUACUGGUGGUGGUGGCGGUGGCGGGGGAGGAGCUAGGCGAAAAGUUGAUGAACAGAUCGCCAAUCUCAGGAAGGAGAAAGAGGAAGCUGAGGAGGCAGGGAAGCAGGAGGAGAGGAGGAGACAACUGCUGGUGGAGGUGCAGAAGGUUGUUGACAGUGGGACUGCAAGUGUGUACAAUAAGAGCAUUGCUGAGAUGGUCAUCUUGAAUGACAUCCCCAACAAAUCUUAUUUUUCCAACUGGGACCACCGGAUCUCCGCUGUGGAGAGUCAGGGCUUUGCCAUCGAACACAAGCGAGGGCCCAAGCUGACACCACCUCCUAUGUAUUCUUGGGAAGACCCCAAGGUGGAUGUGUCAGACUGGGUCACCUCUAUGCAGGCAUAUCUGGGCAGCUUUACAUGCCCAGAAGCAACAAAGGUGGGAACCAUUCUUGGCCGGUUUGAGAGGACUGCACUGAAAUGGUGCACCUCCUUUGCAACCAAAGAGAAUAUUGCUAUGGAUAGAUGGGCACAACAGCUGGGGGUGGCAGGGUUGCUGAAGGCGCUGCAGGACCGGUUUGCUGACAGGGAGCAGGCCCGCAAAGCAGCUGAUAAAAUUAUGUUGCUGGGGUCUCACAGAUUUGAGGGCUCCCUGUCCAAGCUCUACAGCCUAUUUGAGAGCUUGACAUCGACACCAGGUCUGGAGAUGAGUGAGUCUGACCAGCUCUUCCACUUCCUGCGUGCAGCACCUCCAGACUACUCCAUUGCUUUGUAUGCUCAGGGCCACAAGGACUGGAGGUCCUUUGGCAAAGCGGCACUGGACCUAGAGUCUCGGCUCAAGGUUCAGACUCCUUCUGAAGGAAAUAAGAGGCCUACCUCCCAGGGACAGCGCAGGAGGAAAGGUGCUCUGUUGGCUGCUGAUGGAGGUUCUGAUUCCGAUGCAUCUCAGCGUGGCAGUCCUCCAUCUGAGACUGCCUCAGCAUCAGCAGUUGAGCCAGCCGUUCUUGCCCUGGCUGAGAAUCUUGCUGCAAUGUUCAAGGGAAAGUUCAGCAAGGCCAGCAGCAAGGGUUCAGCCAGCCAGAAGGGGAAAGGGAAGGGACGUGCCUCUUCCCCUCAGGCCCAAAGACCUAACCUUCCACGAGACGUCCAUUGGUCAGUCAACGUCAUGGAUCCUUCCACCCUUCCCUGGAGAGCGCUCAGGAUCCAGGAAGGGCAAUGGCAGAGGAGGAAGGACCGUGAGGAGAAGAAAAAGCAUAAAUCAGACCUCAUCUUGCUGCGACCCUCUAUUUUGGGAACCAAAAUCAAGGGUCUGUUAGACUGUGGGGCUACCCGGAACUUCAUCUCUCCCAAAGCUGUCAGCAAGCUGCAUCUGGAUGGGAGAUUGGUGAAGUUGCAGCAGCCGUUAGAAGUUCGACUUGGGAACUCCUCCACAGUCCGGAUUACUUCUGCUGUCAAGAACCUACCGGUCAUCUUUGACAAGCAGGAGAAGGUCAGGCAGCGCCUGAACUUCUAUGUGUUUCCUAAUGUACCCUUUGAUCUUGUGUUUUCCAUGCAGUGGCUUGAGGCCACUAACCCUAGGAUCGACUGGCAGAUCCCUAGGGUAGAGCUCCCUGAGUGCAGAGGAGACUAUCAGCCUUGUGUCCUGGCUAAUGAGUAUCAUCCAGUCAGCAACUGCUAUUGUAUGAGGGCACACGAGUUUUUUCAGCUCUCUCGCCAGACUGCCCACACACGUCUGUUCGUUGCAUAUGCGAAACAGACUGGUGUGGACGUUGCUCCCUGUCCCUCACCGAUUCAACAGGUUUUUGACUCGUAUCCAGACCUGAUGCAGGAGCCUACUGAACUUGUCCAUAGGGAGACCCAGCACAGGAUUGAGCUCCUGCCAGGUGCGGUCCCUCCCAAGGGCCAUGUCUAUAGGAUGUCACCUGCUGAGCUCGAUGAGCUCAGGAGACGGCUUGAGACCCUAACCAACAAGGUUUGGAUCAAACCCAACACAUCUGAAUUUGGGGCUCCAGUUCUCUUUGUUCCAAAGGGAAUUGGGGAGUUCAGAAUGUGUGUGGACUACAGGGGUCUCAACAAAAUCACUAGGAAGUCUACAGAGCCCCUUCCUAGGAUUGAUGAUCUGUUGGACAUGGUGCAGGGUUGUACAAUCUUCAGCAAGAUCGACCUCAAAUCUGACUACCACCAAAUUGAGAUGGUUGAGGGCGAUGUCCCCAAGACUGCCUUCAAGACUAGAUACGGCACCUACGAGUACCUGGUCAUGCCUUUCGGUCUUUGCAAUGCCCCUGGCACAUUCCAGGCAGAGAUGCAUCGCAUACUCAGGCCUUACCUGGACAGGUUUGUAGUUGUAUACCUGGAUGAUAUCUGGGUAUUCAGUCGAUCUGUCGAGGAGCAUGCGCAGCAUCUGGCUCUAGUUCUCCAAGCACUACAUGAGGCCCAGUAUAAGAUCAACAGGGAAAAGUCCUCCUUUGGAGUGACUUCUGUGACUUAUCUGGGACAUGUAAUCUCUGGGGAAGGGUUGGCUCCUGAAGCGCCUUAGAUAGCAGCGAUUCAAGACUGGCCACAGCCCACUACGGUUCGUGAUGUCCGGUUAUUUUUGGGUUUGGCGUCAUAGUACAGGAAGUUCGUCAAUAACUUCUCUGCUAUUGCUGCACCCCUGAC